UUAGGCGCUUGCUCAGAAACAUAGCAGCACUUUCCAGACAGACACCGAAGCGCUUAGGUCUCUUGUUUUGAGAAGGUUUCUUUUCUGGAUUAUUCUGAGAUAAAAGCCACGAUGCGUGUACUGCUUUUGCUCCUCGGAGCUCAUCUGGCUUAUGCUGGAACACACUCUCUGAGAUACUUCUUCACUGCUGUGUCUGGAGACAUUGACUUCCCAGAGUUCACUAUUGUUGGUCUGGUUGAUGAAGGACAGUUCAUGUACUUUGACAGCAAUAUAAUGAAAGUUGUGCCAAAGACAGAGUGGAUCGGAAAGAAUGAGGGAAAAGAUUACUGGGACAGUCAGACUCAGAUUGGUAUCGGCAAUCAUCAGAGCUUCAAAGUCGACCUCCAGACUCUAAAGGGACGCUUCAACCAGACCGGGGGUGUUCACUCGGUCCAGUAGAUGUACGGAUGUGAGCUGGAUGAAGACGGCACUAAACGAGGAUAUGAGCAGUAUGGUUAUGAUGGAGAAGACUUCAUCAGCUUUGAUAAGGACACACUCACCUGGACUGCUGCUGAUCCUCAAGCUGUGAUCACCAAGGUUAAAUGGGACUCCACAGGGGCAUUUGCAAAAUCAGAAACUAGUUAUCUGGAGAACAUAUGCAUCGAGUGGCUGAAGAAGUAUGUUGAUUAUGGCAGAGACUCUCUGGAGAGAAAAGUUUCAUCUCAGGUGUGUCUUCUUCUGCAGAAGUCUCCUUCGUCUCCGGUCUCGUGUCACGCUACAGGUUUUUAUCCCAGAGAGGUUUCUAUCUCCUGGCAGAAGAACAAACAAGAUGUUGAUGAAGAUGUGGAUCUGGGAGAACUUCUUCUCAAUGAAGACGGCUCUUUCCAGAAGACCAGCACCCUCAACGUUAAACCUGAGGAGUGGCAGAAGAACGAGUAUGAAUGUGUCGUGGAGCACAAGAGCAGAACCAUCAGAAGCGUCCUGAAAGGAGACAAGAUCAGAACUAACUCCGGUUCUGUUCCCAUCGGGUUGAUUGUUGGUGUCGUCGCUGCUCUUCUUCUUCUGGUGAUUCUUGGUGUCGCUGGGUUCAUGGUUUAUCAGAAAAAGAAAGGCUUCAAACCUGUUGCGUCUGAUGAUGGAUCUAACAGCUCCACUCGUUCAGAUCAAAAAGCUUGAAGAUGAGACCAGAUGAGUGCAAGAGAUGAAGUUAAAAGAAGAUGCUUGUCCUGCUGUCCAUCUUGCUUACAACAAACACACACACACACACACACACACACACACACACAGAAACACACAGAAACAAACACACACACAGAUACAGAAACACA